CAGUGCCCUAAUGGAAAGAACAUGACCAUGCUCAUGCUCAUUCAGGUUAUCAGCCCUGGGUUGGUAUUAGACAUUAGUGUGUUUUAGUAUGUUAGUAUGUUUUCUGAUCUGAUAGACAGCUGUAUUUUCUGCCUUUAUUUUGUGUGACGUCGACUGACAUGACAUUACAUUUAGUAACGCAUGUAAACAGGAUCUGACUCGUAGUAAAGCAUGUAUCAACAGGUCUGAAAUGUUGCUCCUAACUGGGCAGCCGAAGCUUGCGGAGAUGUAAACUCGUAUCAGAAAUGGAAAAACCUGCUCCAAAUCAGAAAUGGGAAAGUUUAAUCGGUCCAUUCCUAUUGAAGUUUUUGAAAUGUUCAUACAAAAACCUGAAACAAAGAAAUGCCAUAAAUGUGAAAAAAUCUUUAUUUACACUUGGCUGUGGUAGAAAAAGAGGGUGGUUUGUUAAUUUUUUUUCUUUUUCUUUCCUUACUUUUUCUUUUUUCUUAAAAAAAAAAAAAAAAAAAAGGGUUUUCUAUGGCAGCUGAUUCUGGUAUGCUAUAUUUCAAUGUAGUCCAUGACUGAUGGUCAGCACUGUUUUUUAUAUUUAAAAUAUUCAUAUAAAUAGUAGUUGUAAUCACCCCUCCCAAGGAGUUAAUUUUUUUUCCCUUGCGCUUAACAUUUGGAUCCAAAUAUACUUUAUUAUGCAUACUGUUAAUUUAUCAUGACUGGCUGAACCAGUCCUAUUAGUUUUGGCCUCAUGCCUGAAAACCUCAUGCUUCUGUUUAUGAUUACUAUCUCCUGUCCUCCUCUAUUUCUUAAAGGUUUUCUACACACCCUCCUGUACUCUCUUGUAGUCUGAUGGACAUAUGACCCCUAGUAGAGCCGAGAUUGUGCUUUGCCAGUCUGCACAUUCCUGUCUCCCUUACUCCCGCUGUUGUUACUGCUGCUUUCUUAGUACUAAAUGUCCUGGCAUGCUCUGAUUUAUGUUUCCACUGCCAUUCUGGAAGUAUGCAGCACUGAGUUCAGAGCCUCUGUCUCCCUCACUCUCUCUCUCUCUCUCACAUACACAUACACACACACUUACCUUUAACACGUACCUCCUGUCCUGGGCCUGGCGACAGCAUCGGGCCAUGUGACUCUGAACCAACCAAUGCUGCAGCUCCCUGGUGUGGGCUAGCCAAGCUGGAGAGAACAGCAGCACACAGCUUUAUAACUCUAGUGAAGAGAGGGAGAGGGUGGGAGUGUGAAGAGAAGGAGUGAGGGACAUAGCUCUAUAGAACAGGCAAUUUGAAUGAGCGAUGGGGAGUGAGAGAGAGAGAGAGGCAGGAUGCAAGGACACUAAACAAUAAGAAGAAGGUGAGGAAUGGAUUUUCAGACAGUGAUGUCGGAUAAGAUGAGAACUCGGCACCUUGACUCCGGGCAAAAGCAGCCCAGCAGCGUGACCGGGUAUGACUAGAAGGACACCAGCCGCAGGAGAGAACAUCUGAUGGGGAGAGUGAAGGGAAAAGGAGAUGCCAUUCAGCAGUCUAAAAGUCCACCAAAGAUGACUGAUGAGCUGUUAAACUGCAUAGAAAGGGGGAGAGCGCUGUGGACGGUAGUGUUAUUCCGUAUUGUUAUGCAGUGUUUAUAUGCCUCUCGGUUUGGACUCGCUUUACGUUACGCACGACAGCUGUUUUACCUCCUGCAGGAAAUCCAGCUGCAAUCUCUUCCGUUCCAUUCAGACCAGAAAUUGCAUGCGAAAUAGCUGAAAAGGCACUGAAGGACAUGCACCAUCCAGCUCAUAUUUCAUAUUCCAGCUUUAUUUGCUCUAGGCUUUGGAUUUCAGAAAAUAAGGGCACUGUUUAGAGCCUGCAGGACCGAAAGAUGCUGUCCACAGCCCAGCAGAUGCUGCAGGAUAGUAGGACCAAAAUCGAGCUGCUGCGCAUGCAGAUUGUUAAAGUGACUCAGGCCAGAGAGGGAGAGCGCGAGGCCUCCGAAACAAACGGUCGUCCUUCGGAGACCAUCAGCCCCCUGGAGCUGAGGAUGGAGGAGCUUCGGCACCACCUGAGGAUCGAGGCUGCAGUGGCUGAAGGGGCCAAGAACGUGGUGAGGCAGCUCGGAGGCCACCGAGUUCAAGACCGCCACGCCCUGGCUGAGGCUCAAGCUCGUCUGCAGGAAUCUUCUCAGAAGCUGGAUCUUCUGCGUAUGUCUCUAGAGCGGAGGCUCGUGGAGCUUCCUCCAGACCACCCCAAACUGGCUGAGAUUAAACAGGAGCUGACUGUGGGAAACUCGCCCAGCCUGGGCCUGCACAGGGACCGCCAACGUUCCUCAUCAUCUGCCUCCUCGUCUUCAUUCUUCAAACCUGCCAGUCUUACAGGUCGGCUGGAAGUCAGAUUAAUGGGCUGUCAGGAUCUGUUAGAAUCUGUGCCAGGCCGCUGUCGCGUGGCCUGUGCUUCCUCCUCCCCCAGCAGCCCCUCUGAAGCAAAGUCCCUGAGAAUGAGGACUGGCCUGUCCACACGCAGCACCAAUGGCAAGAUGGCCAAAACCGACGAACUGUCCACGGAAAUCAGCGCAGUGUUGAAGGUGAAUAACCGGAUGGUGGGUCGCACACACUGGCGGCCUGUGGGUAAAGAAGCCUGGGACCAAAGCUUCAGCAUCGAACUGGAGAGGUCUCGGGAGCUGGAGAUCGGUGUGUAUUGGCGAGAUUGGAGAGCUUUGUGUGCUGUGAAGUUCCUGCGCCUGGAAGACUUUCUGGAUAACCAGCGGCAUGGCAUGUGCCUUUACCUGGAACCACAAGGCACACUGUUCACUGAGGUGAGAUUCAUCAACCCUGUUAUUGAGCGGCACCCGAAGCUACAGCGACAGAAGCGUAUAUUCCCCAAAGAGAAAGGUAAAAACUUCUUACGGGCAGCACAGAUGAACAUGAACUUCGCCACAUGGGGCCGACUGAUGAUGAGCGUGUUGCCACCGUGCAGCAGCACUAUUACUGCUCUGAGCCCCCCGCUGGCCUCCACUGACCUGCCCUCUCCACCGCCACCACAAGAGCCUGAUCUCACCUCCCCUCCAUCUGUAGGAAAAACCUCUAACUCCACCCCUCCUCCACCAGGAGACUCGGCAAUCAUCAAACUGAACUUCAGCGAGGAGCGACCACCCAAACCCCCUCGUCUCUACCUGGCAAAGGCAGAGAGUCCUGCGUCCAUGAACUUGAAGGGUAACCAAGCUGAAGAUUGUAGAGGCAGAGCUGUGCUGAAGAACAUUACUAAGCAAACACAUGAGCUGCAAAUGGAUGAUUUUUUCUGGAUCUCUGUCCUUGGUAGAGGCCACUUUGGAAAGGUGUUGCUAGCAGAGUAUAAGAGCACAGGGAAGCUGUACGCCAUCAAAGCCUUGAAGAAAGGGGAUGUGGUGACACGUGAUGAAGUAGACAGUCUGAUGUGUGAGAAGAGGAUUUUUGAGACCAUUAAUGCAUCCAGACACCCAUUUCUUGUCAACCUUCAUGGCUGCUUCCAGACCAGUGACCAUGUGUGUUUUGUUAUGGAGUACUCACCCGGAGGUGACCUGAUGACCCACAUACAUGCCAACAUCUUCACUGAACGCCAGGCCCGAUUUUAUGCUGCCUGUGUACUCCUGGGUCUUGAGUUCCUGCACCAGAACAAAAUUGUUUACCGGGACCUGAAACUGGACAAUCUUUUAAUGGAUGCUGAUGGCUUUGUGAGAAUAGCAGAUUUUGGACUUUGCAAAGAAGGAAUGGGACAUGGCGACCGUACGUCCACUUUCUGUGGAACUCCAGAAUUCUUGGCCCCUGAGGUUUUGACGGACAGCACUUAUACCCGCGCUGUGGACUGGUGGGGCCUCGGCGUGCUCCUCUACGAGAUGCUAGUUGGAGAGUCUCCGUUCCCAGGGGAUGACGAGGAGGAAGUGUUUGACAGCAUAGUAAACGAUGAAGUGCGUUACCCCAGGUUUCUCUCCCCAGAGUCAGUCUCCCUCAUUCAGAAGCUGCUGCAGAAAAACCCAGAAAAGCGGCUCGGUGCUGGAGAGCAGGACGCUAAUGAGGUGAAAAGGCACAGAUUCUUUCAGGGAGUGGACUGGGAAGCCUUGCUAGCCAAGCGAGUGAAGCCUCCGUAUCUGCCGAGCAUCAAAGCCCCGGGUGACGUGAGCAAUUUUGACGAGGAGUUCACACGCCUAAAGCCUGUACUCACCCCUCCACACACACCCUUCUUCCUCACAGCCGAGCAGCAGGAGAUCUUCGCAGAUUUCGAUUUCUCCUCGCUUCACUGACUGCCUGAGACUUGAUGGCCAAGCGGAACCACGACACAUCGAGGCUCUGUCCUAAUCCUGCCCGAGCCCUUUCUUUUCUUUCUUUCUUUCUUUCUUUCUUUCUUUCUUUCUCUCUACCUAUGCAGUUGAACCAAGUGAAGCUGAUUUACUGUCACAAGGCUGUGUGCUUUUCUGCUACUGGCUGCUGCACUAGUGUGCUUGAGCUACAUCUGAGUUUCUUCUGAUGAAGGAAAGCAGCAUUUGGAGUGUUGCUGUAACUCGCUGCUGUUUUGCCUCCGAAAUGAAAGAGAACCUGUCAUCACUGUGAGCUAAGCUUUUUCCUGUCCUGCAAUGCAUUGCUACUAAUUGCCUGUGUGUGGGUGUGGGUGUGUCUGCUCUUAUAGAAGAACAACCAUGCUGAAUGUAAUUUUCACUUUUACUUUUAGCCGCCACAAAGGGCUAGUGUGCCUGCAGGUUUUUGUUCCAGUUCAUUCAGUAAUCAAUAAUCAACUAUUAGGUGUGGAUCCUUCUUGGUUGGUAUGAAAACCUGAGCUCUGGUGCACUAGAGUCUUGUACUGUCUGCACACAUGACCUCAGUUUUGUUCAAACGAAGCCACCAGUCAUUGCUCGUUACAUUUAUCCUUUUUCAAAUUCAUCAUAGAUUCUGCAGUCAGUGCAGUCGGAGGUCUUGGAGCUGUAGAGCUUUGAUGCGCUCUUGCGCUGAAGCCGAGUAGAAAAUGAAAUGUUGGUCAUGUAGGUAUUUGUGAGUGACAUUUUUAAGGAAGGAAGCUUUGUAUGUAGAAGCACCAGAUGUUGUUUAUGGCUAUUAUGACCAAAAGCUUCAAAAAGGUAAAUGUAAUCUAAACUCACCUCUAUCCAUUGCAUCUGUAGUGUAUGUGAGAUUGACCACAGACAAGACGUUUUUCUGUACUCGUUACUGUUCAUUGGCGGCAGAGUUACCUAGUGGGUAGCGUCGCCCUCCGCACAGCUCCAGGGUUGUUGAGGUAUGCAGGUAGAUGGAUUAUAUAUGUGUUAGCUAUGCGAAAAUUUUAAACACCCCUUGGUGUUUCUGGGCAUAUCUCCAGAUCCACAGCAAGCCUGACCAGGAUCAAGCAGUUACUGAAGAUGAAUAAUACCUUUUUAUAAUCGAAGUCUAAGGACAACUGCUGAAUCCUGAAUAUCUGUAUAACUCUAAAACGAUUAAUUAUACUGAUUUAUAACGUCAUUUUCCAAAUACCCUUGACUGAAGGUUGCAUGAAAGUGUUCUACAUUUCGCAUAAAUAUUUAUUGACAGAAUUCAACAACUGCUCUGAGACACUUUUUUUUUUUUCUUCCUGUUUUCUCAGCACAUGAAAACAUAUAUAAAAUUAUUGUCUGUAGUAAUCUUGCACAUAUAGAUGGUGGAUGAAGUCUCAUAUCUAGUUAAGAACACAAACUUUAUUGAUUUCAAAAUCUUAGUGUACCUUUUAAACCUCAUGAUGAUCAGGAUGUUUAAGUGCAUACAAGUUGUUGGUUUUUUUUUUUGUUUUGUUAACUGGGAUUACUUGCUCACUGGAAUCCAAAGUAACCUACGUACUUUUCCAGACCACAGUUUAAAUAAUCACAUGACUGUUCGAACAUGCCAUAAUUUUAUAUCGUACCUUUAGGCCAAUUAAAUCUAAUAAUGUUGUCCACUGAUGCUGUGUGUGUGUGUGUGUGUGUGUGUGGCAUUUACAAUCCAGCUAUGUUGAUUUGAAGCAUCUAAAGUGUUUGUGGCCUCUCGGCUGUGAAGCGAGCCUUGUAUCUUUGCUGUACUCUAAACUGUAAACAUCCUGUAGUGCAUUUGUCUAUAUUUGUUACAUUUUUGCUGUUAGACGCUAUGACGCAGAGUUCUGAAGUAAUGGUUUACUUUUGAACAGUGAUACUGUGAGCAGAAACACUAAAGUAUUGAAAUUGGACUUUCCCUUUAUACAUGCCAAAUGAAGGAAAAAAAGAAAUCCAAACAUAAUGGAAGGGGAUGAAUGUAUUU